AUGGACACCACAGAGCUUCAACAUGAGUUCUCCCUGUUGAGAAUCCUGUACCAUAGAAAUAAGAACCAACACAGGGUAACGACUUGGUGGAAAUGGCUGAACAGCUUGAAGAGAACGCUGACUAAGGUAUUAUGUCUCCCCGAUAGACUAAGGCUACAACCACUGGUGAAGAAGCUGAAACUGCACAUAAUACCGGGGUGCUAUAGGGCAUUUAACAACAUCAUAUCCCUGGGUCAGUUUGUCACACUUGGAUUGGUCCUGCUGGGAUUGCUGGCACGGAUAAAUAAGUGUAUUGAUGGUCUUGGGGUUGUGUAUGAGACAAAGCCUGUCGUUUCAAAAUUGGAGAUUGUUCCUACAGAUGAUGACCUGGGCCAAGUUAUUGAAACUGAAGAGCUGGAUGUGGUGGCUGCAAAGGUUGUGCCCAUUGAGCACAGGACGCAGAGAAAAGGGAGAGAUAAAGAGAAGAAGAACAAGAAGAAGAAGAAAAGGUCAGCAAUUGAUGAUAUAUUUGGUUAA